UCAUGUGAUCAAAGUAGGAAGUGGCGUUUUCGUCUGAUUCAAAGGUGCUAGGUUGGGUGGAAGCGCCCGAUAUAUUUGAUUGUUAACCUUUCAAGGUUUCCCCAUGAAAAGACGAAAUCAUUUGUGUUUGAUAGUGACGACCAUGGGGACACUUUUUCUGCUUAUGGUGGUAUUAUAUGGUUCAUUAAAUUCACAGCAAUCGGAAACAUCUGGCCUAAAACCAGAUUACAGACUUCUUGGACGACCACUGUACAAAUUGGAUAUCAACUGGCCCAAAUAUCCCGAGCUUUUCAGUGGCGAGGUAUUUGGAGUGGCUGUCAACCAGUAUGCCGGUGUUGUAUAUGUUGCACAGAGAGGUGAGACGGUUCCAAAGGUGCUGGUGUUCACAAGAGACGGAGAGUUCCUACAGGCCUGGAACACGAGCACCCUGGAGAUGCCCCAUGGGAUAUUUUUGGCCGACGCCGCCACCAACCCCACUGUGUGGGUCACGGACGUAGGAAACGGCCCGUAUGGUCACUGCAUUAAGCAGUACUCUCCCUCGGGCAAGCUGCUCCAGGUGCUGGGCUCAAUGGGGGAAGCUGGCUCUGGGGUCAACCCGCUCCAGUUUGACCAGCCCGCUGAAAUCUUUGUUCACAGCUCUGGGGAGAUCUACAUAGUGGAUGGGGACGGAGGGAUUAACAACCGCCUCAUCAAACUGUCCAAAGACCUGGAGGUGCAAUGGAUGCACGGAGAGAAGGGCCAGGGCCUUGCACAGUUCUACAUCCCCCAUAGUGUGGCAGUAGAUAACUAUCAAAGGGUGUGGGUUGCUGACAGAGGAAACAAGCGAAUCCAGGUGUUUAAUUCUGUGACUGGAGACUGGCUUGGAACAUGGGGAAGCUGUUUCAAUGAGGACGCACCCUACUCUGUCAGGUUGACACCAGACCAGAAGUACUUUGUGGUGGUGCAGCUGAACACCAAUCAGAUCUCCCUACUGGAGGCUCCACCUGUGGGUGUCAUUGGUCAGUGCCAGGUGGUCAGUGUCAUCCAAUUGGCUGAAGACGUCAAGCCCCACCUAGUGGACCUGGACCUGAAGACGGGGGCUCUGUAUGUGGCUGAGAUUGGUGCCCAGCAGGCUCAGAAGUUUACCCCAUUCAGCCUGGGUACUGGCUUCCUGCAGGAUGGUUGAUGCACUCUAUUAUAGGCCGUGUUCCAGGCGGACUACAUUGCAGACAUAUGACAGAUCUCAGAAGAAUUGGUGUUUAACAUAUCAGUUCACCACAUCAUAUGAUAGCAAUCUGAUGCCCGACUGCGCAGUCUAUGACGUGGGCACAGAACCACUGGCUGAUGCAGUGCAACGUCUGCAAUGUAGUUGGCCUGGAACACGACCAUAAUCAUUUGAAGAGAAGUUAACAUGUAUAUUUAAAUAGAUUCAAAUGAGCCAGGCCACUUAUUGGACAAAUCAAAGAUGCCAUUUUCUCCCCAUACUGCUCAUUUGAAUAAUUAUUUACCCCAGGCUAACUAAGGCAUAAAGUCCUUUGUAUGUAACGUGCUAUGCCAAACAGGAACUCUUAACCAGCUCUAUGUUUACUGUUUAGUUCUUAUGGAGGUAUAGAAAAGUAUUGCAUGUCCAAUUAACCAAUCUCACUGGUCACUUACGUUAACGGCUUGAUGUUAACCAAACCUCAUGAUCCUGUUACUUAAUUGCAUGAAAGAAAUGGUUGUAAGAACCAUAAUUUGAAUUUCUUUAAGGCAGCUAUGUUUUAAAAGCGUCAAAGUGACUUGUGCUGUAUGAGGUACUACUACUAUCAAGUGAGAAACUUGUUUUCUUACUUGCAGUAUGUUUGAUCACAGUAAUAUGACCAGUGCUAUUCAGAUUAGAUUUGAAAGGGUUCGGUCUCAUCCGCUAGCCUGGAUAUCUUUUGCCAGGGGAUGUGUCGUGAUAUAUGAAAUGUGUGGUUUUGCAUUGAAAGUGUAUAACAUAAGCUUUCAAUGCAUAACAUAAGCUUUCAAUGCAAACGCAUAACAUUAUUAUGCUUGUGUGUGCAUAUGGUUUCAUUGGAAUUACAAGUCAUAUCAUCCUGUCUUUUUUGUGUUUUUACCCUGGGGAACAAAUCUUAUUUUAUGGGGAAAUGUUUACAUUGCUUGCUCCUGAAUAUUGUUUAUGGUCAUAUGCAUAUCAUAUUUUGUUAAUUUUGAUUGUAUGAAUGUAUUGUGAUUUGUUUCUGCUGCUUUUUAUUAGUGCCAUAGUCAUGCUCGGCAUCAUUGAAUGUUCAUUGAAUUUUCAAUUUUUAUGUUGCUUGUUCUUUCAUUUUCAAGGGUAAAGAUUGACAGAUAAGAUCUAAAUAAACUUUUUGAAAACUAA